AUGGCCGGACAAGAGCAGCGACGCCGGCGGAGAAUCGUGCUGUUCCCGCUGCCGUUCCAGGGCCACAUGAAUCCUAUGCUCCAGCUCGCCACGCUGCUCCAUGGGCGGGGCCUCGCCGUGACGGUCCUCCACACCGGCUUCAACGCCCCCGACCCCACGCGCCACCCGGCCGAGUUCACCUUCGUCCCCAUCCACGAGUCGUUCCCUGCCGAGGUCACCUCCCCCGGCGCCGACAUCGCCACGCAGCUCCUGGCCCUGAACGCCGCUUGCGAGGCGCCCUUCCGGGAGGCCCUCGCGUCGCUGCUGCUCCGUGGCCAAGACCAGGACGUCGCGUGCGCGGUGGUCGACGGGCAGUGCUACUCGGCGCUGCGCGCGGCGCACCAGCUGGGCGUCCCCGCGCUCGCGCUGCGGACGGACAGCGCCGCCACGUUCCGCAGCAUGCUCGCGUACCCACGGCUGCGCGACGCCGAGGAGAGGCUGGAGGAGCUGGUGCCGGACCUCGAGCCGCUCCGAGCGCGAGACCUGAUCCGCGUCGACGGCAGCGACACGGACGCGCUAUGCGGCUUCAUCGGCAGCGUCGCCGACGCCACCCGAGCCUCGGCGUCCGGCAUCGUCAUCAACACGUUCGAGGGGAUCGAGGCGUCGGAGCUGGUCAAGAUCCAGCGCGAGCUAUCCCGUCCGGCGUUCGCGGUCGGGCCUCUGCACUUGCUGUCCCAGGCACCGGCGGAGCAGAGCCUGCACGCGCCCGACCGCGGCUGCCUGGCUUGGCUGGACGAGCGCCCGCCGCGCUCCGUGCUGUAUGUGAGCCUGGGCAGCGUGGCCUGCGUCGACCGCGGCGUGUUCGAGGAGAUGGCGUGGGGGUUGGCCGGCAGCGGUGUGCCGUUCCUGUGGGUUGUCCGGCCGGGCUUGGUCAGCGGCGGCGGCGGCGGCGGCGGCGAGGAGGUUCCACCAUUGCCGGACGGGUUCGGCAAGGAGAUCAGGAGCAGGGGCAAGAUUGUCUCAUGGGCACCGCAAAGAGAGGUCUUGGCGCACGCAGCCAUUGCUGCGUUCUGGACGCAUUGCGGGUGGAACUCCACGUUGGAGAGCGUCUGCGAAGGCGUGCCCAUGCUUGUGCAGCCGUGCUUCGCGGACCAGCUGGUGAAUGCGAGAUAUGUCACGCAUGGGUGGGGUGUUGGGAUGGAGGUCGGGGAAGAGAUUGAGAGGGGGAGGGUCGCCAAGGCGGUGACCAAACUGAUGGUUGGGGACGAUGCAGCUCAGAUGAGGGGGAGAGCUUACCAUCUGAAGAUGCAGGCAUCUGCUGCUACUAGUUUGUCCAUAGACUGUCUAGUCCAUUACAUAUCGUCCCUGUGA